AUGGCUGCUUCUUCUUCUGCUUCAUUCACCUCUCUGUCUCUGCUUCUGGUUUCUUCUCUCUUUGCUUCUUCUUUGUUUUGUGUCUCAGAGGCACAACCUUCUGUCCCUGUGGUUAAAGGGCUUUCGUGGUCCUUCUACGAGUCUAGCUGCCCUAAUCUCAACUCCAUAAUCAGAAAACACCUCAAGAAAGUCUUCAAGGAGGACAUUGGCCAAGCUGCUGGCUUGCUUCGUCUCCAUUUCCAUGACUGCUUUGUUCAGGGAUGUGAUGGGUCGGUUUUGCUGGAGGGAUCAGCCAGCGGACCAAGUGAGCAGGAUGCACCUCCCAACCUGACCUUGAGGGCAAAGGCUUUUCAAAUCAUCAAUGACCUCCGUGAGCUUAUUCACAAGAAGUGUGGCAGAGUUGUCUCUUGUUCUGAUAUCACAGCCUUGGCUGCAAGGGAUUCUGUUUUCCUGUCGGGUGGCCCUGACUAUGAUGUGCCAUUGGGAAGAAAGGAUGGGCUAAACUUUGCAACACAAAAUGCAACCCUAGCAAACCUUCCCCCUCCCACAAGCAACACAAGCAAACUUCUCACAGACCUGGCAAAGAAAAACCUAGAUGCCACAGAUGUUGUAGCCCUCUCUGGUGGCCACACCAUCGGCCUUGGCCAUUGCUCCUCCUUCACUGACAGGCUCUACCCAACCCAAGACCCUACCAUGGACAAAACUUUUGCCAAUGACCUCAAGGAAAUUUGCCCUGCAAGCGACACCAACGCCACCACCGUGCUCGAUAUCCGUUCACCGGACACAUUCGACAACAAAUACUACGUCGAUCUCAUGAACCGCCAAGGUUUAUUCACAUCGGACCAAGAUUUGUACACGGAUAAAAGGACGAAGGACAUUGUCAAGAGCUUUGCUGUUAACCAGACCUUGUUCUUUGAGGAGUUUGUGAAAUCCAUGAUCAAGAUGGGGCAACUAAGCGUGCUGACCGGCUCCAAAGGCGAAAUUCGUGCAGAUUGCUCGGUGAGGAAUUCGGACAAUAAGAGUUACUUGUCCUCUGUGGUUGAAGAGGAUGAGGAGAGCUUGUCUGAGUUUUAG